AUGCAGCGAGUGCUGUUCAACCAGGCGAAGCAAUCGCUACGAGGGUUGAAAUGCAGCAAUACGCGAGCGGCCAGCAAAACUCCCGCACACAAUUUCCUACGCCACCAAGCUCCAUUGAGAAGGUGGAGCAGCACCCAUCACAAUCGCCAUGAGAAAAGAGAAUUCUUAUCGAAAUUACCAACAUCGAUCAUCGUACUCCUGAUAUUCCUCCCAAGUUCAUUCAUACUUUAUAACACCAGCGAUACAUUCAAGCACACGUCUUUGGCGGCUCAGAGGUGUGCAAGAUGCGCUCAGGCAUUCGUCGCCAAUGCAACAGACUACAAGCUCACGCUUGGUAGGACUUACGCCUCAGAUGACGAAAAAUGGGACAGUUUAGCUGGUUGUCACAAGAGGUGUGCUGAGAGGGUGCUCAACGUCUUAAAGGCUAACGGAGGUGUUUUCAUCAAGCUUGGUCAGCAUAUUUCCAGUGUUGCUCUCCUCCCGCUGGAAUGGACAAGCACAAUGCGUCCUCUUCAAGACCAAUGCAAUCCAUCGUCGAUCGAUGAUGUUAAUAAGAUUCUUAAAAUAGCCACUGGUAAAUCCACCGAGGAGCUUUUCACGACAUUUGAUCCUACGCCUAUCGGUGUCGCUUCACUGGCUCAGGUACACGUCGCAAAUGAUAAAUCAACAGGCCAGAAAGUCGCCGUGAAGGUACAGCAUCCAGGCUUAGACGAGUAUGCUGAGAUAGACAUCAAGACUGUGCAGCUCAUAAGCAAGGGAAUCAAAAAACUCUUCCCCGAGUUCGAAUUCACAUGGCUGGCGGAUGAGAUGGCUGUGAAUCUUCCACUCGAAUUGGACUUUAGGCAUGAGUCCAACAACGCUAAUAGAUGCAGGAAUGACUUCGCCGACAAGUCAAGUACAACACUCUACAUACCUGAAUUCCUUUGGUCACAUAAGCUGGCUCUGUGCAUGGAAUAUAUAGAAGGCGCCAGACCUGAUGACUUGAACUUCCUCCAAAAGCACAAUAUUGACAGAAAUCAAGUAGCUAAAGAGCUUGCCAGCCUAUUCUCUGAGAUGGUCUACAUCAAUGGCUUCUUCCAUGCAGACCCACACCCAGGUAACCUGCUCAUCAGACCUGCUCACAAGAAGUCGCGGUCGCCGUACAACUUUGACAUCUGCCUCCUUGACCAUGGUCUUUACUUUGAUUUAUCGGAUGACCUUCGAGUAAACUAUGCUAGAUUCUGGCUUUCGCUGAUGAAGCCACCUUCCAAAGCCACUUUCAAGGAGAGGAGGCAUUACGCAAAGUUGGUUGGCAAUAUCGAUGAGGAUAUGUAUGCCAUUUUCGAGUCUGCUAUCACAGGAAAGGCAGGUCUUGAAGGUGCCUACGAUCAUGAGGUGAAAGGUGGUCCCCGCAAGCACAAGCGUUCUGGCGGCAUUCUCGACAACACACCAGCUGGAAAUUCUAGUGAUGUUGAAAGACUGAGAAGCGCGUUGGUUACAAAAGAGGGAUUGCUGAGUAGUGUAUUUGAACUGCUAAGGAAUUUGCCAAGACGAUUGUUGAUGGUUCUCAAAUUGAACGACUUGACCAGACAUUUGGACACAUCCCUACACACUACCCAUGGCCCAACGCGCGUCUUUUUAAUCAUCGGACAAUAUUGCGAGAAAUCAAACCACAGAGCAACACUUAAAGACAUCUCGAGGCGGUGGAGUGAAACUGGCGUCUCAUUAUCCAUAUUCUGGUCGUAUUUAAAAGAAUACUUGCGACACGUUCGUACAUCUGUAGCCUUCUCAACGCUAGCAGGUCUGCAAGAUGUGAAAGCAACAUAUGUCAUAUGGUCUAAAUGGUUGCACGCCCUCUACGCCCGUGGAUUUGACGGCGCGUCUAAGGUCGCUGCAGGAAUCGAAGAACAAGAGAGAGCAAAAGAAGAAGAGAAGAAAGCUAGACAAAUAGAGUGA